GAGAGACAAGUAGUCAGAGUCGGCGUGCGAGUAGAAGAGUAGCGUCGAGGGAGGACCAUAAAAGGGAGAUCGCGAGGGUGCUCGGCGCACAGUCGCGCAUCGUCUGCCUUCCUGAGCGUUGCGUGUCCAAUCUUGAAGAAAUUGUACGUACGAUCGCUCAUUCUCAACUAUUCGCUGAAAGGAGAGAAGCAACAAUUAUGUAUUCCAAGAUAAUCGCUCCAAGAUAAUUAUUUCCUCGAUCGUAUCAUCGAACUUCGUCACGCGUUUGCGUGCGCACGUAUGGCGCAUGGCCCACCCUAUGGCAUGGCAUCGCGGGACCUCGUUACUUGCUUCCUUCUCACAGCGUUCCUUUACUCUAGUUUCGGUCAAACUUUGCCAAGGUUGGAUCUACGGCCGCAGUUUCUGGCACCUUUGGAGAAUCAUACGGUCACUCAGGGCCGUGACGUCUCCUUCACCUGCGUCGUUAAUCAUCUUCAAUCUUACAAGAUUGCCUGGAUAAAAUCAGAUUCGAGAGCCAUACUAGCUAUUCAUACUCACAUGGUUGCUCAUAACCCACGACUUUCGGUCACCCAUAACGGACACAAUACCUGGAAGCUUCAUAUUAGCAACGUUCAACCUAACGAUUCUGGAACUUACAUGUGUCAGAUUAAUACGGACCCCAUGAAUAGUCAGACGGGCUACAUGAAAGUAGUGAUACCACCUGAUAUCAUGGAUCUCGACGAAUCGGCUGACCUUUUAACGACUAAGGAAAGCGACGAUCUACGAUUACGAUGUCGUGCUACAGGGACACCAAAACCUAUGGUCAUCUGGCGAAGAGAGGAUGGACGAGAAAUUACUCUUAGGAGUGAGUUAGGUGUUAAACGAGGAAGGGUGAGGAGGAAGGGUGAAGAGAGAAGCCAACGACGUGAUAGAUUUGCGACGACAAUAUAUUUUCCAUGUAGUCAUCAUCGUCGAGACUUUUUCGUAGUAACGAUGAAAAGGCCGAACACUCCGUUACGUAGAUUCAACGAUGUCCCGCGGAAAAGCAACCAUCCGAUUAGCCUUUCUAACAUACAAUUCUACGAGGGUGAACAACUGCAUCUAACAGGGAUUUUACGACAGGAGAUGGGCUCGUAUUUGUGCAUAGCAUCGAACGGUGUACCACCAACAGUUAGUAAAAGAUAUCACGUCAACGUUCGAUUUAAGCCUUUGAUCAAAGUAACGAAUCAGUUGGUAGCUGCUCCGACGAAUAGCAAUGUCGUUUUACAGUGUUACGUUGAAUCCUCUCCUAGAGCUUCGAACACAUGGUACAAGGACAACGGAAUAAAAGUUUUGACGAACGACAAGCACAACGUAUCGGAGUUCACGAUCAACGAAUACGCGUAUCAAUUAAAUCUGACGAUCAAACAUUUAACUAGAAACGAUUUCGGUAGUUAUAUUUGUUCAGCGGAAAAUCCAUACGGGAAGGCAGAGGGUACUAUAAGACUUCAAGAGUUGCAUCUGUCGAGGACGACAGCACCGACAAUUCGCAAUACCGAAUCCGUCGAGAGGCAAAAGUGGGGAAAGCUAACAGAGAGGAGGAGUCACAGCAAGAAGUAUUCCUCCUAUGCGUUAGAACGAGAUGAAGGUAGUACGAAUUCGACGCAGAGAAAUGUUGGAAGUUGGACGCAGACCACGCCGAUCUCAAGAAGAAAUAACUCCAACUCUCUGCCAAGUAUCGUCCUAGCGAAGAAUUCUAAAGUUUCAUCCUCUUCGUCCUCAUCUUCCUCCUCCUCCUCCUCUUAUCCAGCACCAGCACCUGCGCCCGCACAUUCAGCACCGACCCAACUGGACGCACAGAAUGAUGCUGCGAGCACGCGUUACUUUAGAUCGAUUCAUCAACUUCAUCUGACGAUCGUUGUUCUACUCUUUGUUAUUACGUCAUCUUAUUGAAUAAUCUCUAGAUUCCUCAUAUCUCGAUUUUUUUUCUUUUCUUUUUUUUUUAAAUUGCAACAUCCAACAUCUUUGUAAUUUAUAGAGAAAUCAAACGGAUUUCUUUACCCCAUCUUUUCCAUUUUUUGUUCUUUCUUAGACAAAACAUUAGCGCACGGAAGUAAAAAAUUCGUGUUGUGGUGUAAAUAAAAACUCCUUCCUCCCCUUAAAAAUAAAAAAAAGGAGAACAUUUUUAUGACAAUAAGGAUACCUACAACGUAUGACCAUUGUUGUUUUACGGUAGAGAAAUCUUUCCUUCGUUUUGAUACAAAAUUCUUGAUACUCUAAAAAAUUGGGAAAACAAAGAUUAUUCUCUUUUUCUUUAAAAUCAGAUAUUAAAUGGAGAAUUAAUGAUACAUAAGGACCGAAAUUGUUUUCGGUUUGCCCAAGAUUAAAUUAUAUUCACUUCAAUGUAUAUACGCAUGACAAUAAAUGUUGUUUGUAUUAUAAAGAACA